UUUUACAGCUUUGCUUUAAACCCUCUCCUCCUUAUUCCUUUUAACUCCUUUUCCCACUUUGAACCCAACCCAUGAAACUAUAUAUAUAUAUAUUUUAGAGAGAGAGAUAUAGAUAUUGAAGGAGAUAAAGAUUGAUGUACCGUGUAGCAGCUAUCAAUGGCAUGGACCCGUUUUUGUCUCCCACCAUCUUUCAAUGAUUUUGCACUGUAACUAAUAAUUUUCUCCGCCUAGCUAGAUAUAUUGCCUGGACAAUCGAAUUAACAGUCAGUUUCCAAUCAAACAGGUGCUUUAAGAUUUCUUUUUAUAUGGGUGGAGACAGGCAAAUAUUAUUAGAACAUAUGAAUUCUCACUAGGAAAACAUCUUUCUUUUUUCCUGAUCUUUUGAAUUCUUUGGGGUUGUUCUCAAUGGCUGGAAUGCUUCCUGGAGUUGAAUGUGCUCGAAGGAGACGGUUCCAUCAGAGUGGAGCUUGCUCAGAUUCACCUAGUACUGUGGCUGCACUUGGCGGGACAAGAAGGUCCUCAUUCUGCUUGUACAGAAGCAAUCAUGAACCCCAGCAUACCUCCACCUCUUCACAGAAGAGAAGUUUAUUGAACCAAGUAUACCGGGAUGAGAAUCUAGGAGAAGUAGCCCGAGAAGCCAAGGAAAGAUUAGAUGAAAGGUUGAGAACACAGAGAAAAUCAAAAGCCAAAAGCACACAGAGCUUAAGGUGUGUUGAGGGCAGAUCUAUAGUACUAGAGGAGUUGAAUACAGAGAUGUUUGGGUUCAAGAAGGGUGGGUCAAGAAGGUUCAGUUGGGCCAAGUUGAGGUGGAAGGUUUCAGACCAAGACGAGUGUGCUGUUUGCCUAGAAGAGUUGAAAGGCGUUGAGAACCUGGUGCACCUGCCUUGUGCUCAUCGGUUUCAUGAGAAAUGUUUGGUGCCAUGGCUAGUGAACAAUGCCCAUUGCCCUUGCUGCAGAAUGGGGAUAAUCUCCUCUCAGUAACUUUUGAUUUUCCUUAACUUGUAGAUAUUAGUACCUUUUGCAUUUGGUAGUAACCCAUGAGUGUGAACAUUUUGUGAUUAUUGCAUCCUAAAAGAUUCAUGAUGCGUCUCAUCUAUUAAUUGAUCUUCAAAACA